CACUGUCAACACAGAGAGCCUUGGAGAACUUGCUACACACUUUCUCUCCCUAUUUGUCACCGUCACUCUCAGCACACCUGAAGGCUCGGCUCCACAAGUAGCUGUGCAAGAAUGAUGCGACCGAAAGAUUUACGCCAGGGCUCUGGCACCAAGACCUUCCUAGAUGCCAUGCACGGUGGUAAAGUUCACCUUGCGCGCUUCAUCCUGGAUGCCUUGGAUGGACGCAUCAUCAACUCAAAGACAGAAAAUAGCCGCACCCCACUCAUGUAUGCUGCCUGCCUGCAAGACCCUGGGACGAGGGCCAAGUUCACCCGGCUGCUGCUGGAGAAAGGAGCCGAUGUCAACUGCCAGGAUGAGGAUAGUCGCACUGCCCUGAGCCAUGCCUGUGAGAUGGGUCACCUGGACGUUGUCAAACUUCUGGUGCAGUUUAAUGCAGACCCAGACAUCUCUGAUGCUUGGGGUAACAGCGCUCUCAUGUAUGCUGCUUUUUCUGGGCACAGCCAGGUUCUGGAGUUCCUGGUCCGGGCUUUCAAAAGACUCGGACUGAGGCUGGACAGAACCAAUAAUGCCGGUCACUCAGCCAUUGAGGUGGCAAACUUCUUCGGACACAACCAGUGCGUCCAGAUUCUGAACUUUCCUUGUCGGAGAGGUGUUAGCACGGAUGAUCCACUUGCUGAUGUGGGUACCAUUGGUGAAGGAGAGUGCCGACUGCCCAACAGGCUCCCUAGGCAUGUUCUGGAGAGGUUCUCCAAGCAGUUUAAUCAUGAUGACCAACUGCCCGGGGUAUUUCAGAGACAGCUGAAGAUUGGAGACAGCAGUGGGCUGUGGAACCGCUUCAAGUGUCCCAGGAGCCAGUCUCAAGAGGACAACCAUCAUCACAGCUGGGCUCUGCCUCCUCAGCUAGAGAAAAGCCAAACUGAGGGGGACCACAGCGUUCUCUUUACUGCCAAACAACUGCAAAACUGCCCACUUAGAGAGCUAAGAGCGGCUAAAACACUGAACUCUCUGCCUGAGCCAAGCCAGAAAGAUGUCAGCCGAGACACUGGACGCAAAAAGCAAACACCAGAGAGUUUUCCACUCUGGGGAAAAGCAAAGUCGUUUAACCUGGACCUUCUGAGCAGUAGAAAGCAGUCCUAUCAGGGUGAUGUGCGUGACAUGAGCCUGUCAGCCAGCAAAUUAAAGAGAGCCUCGCUACAGGAUGAGAGAUGCCUGAUAGACAAGACGGAAUGUCAAGGAAACACCCGGGGCCUGACAAAUGAUGCUGACAAAACUGUCCCAGUGCCAAAACCUCUUUUAAACAGCAAGAGUCAGCCCAUGAGAGCACUCGAGGAGAAUGUCAAAUCACAGAGAGAAGAGGCUGAUGACAUGGCUCCAUCAAGCAGGAGAGAGCAGCAGAAGAGGGGAAGCUUUGGCGCAACGGGCAGACACAACAAACUGCUGUUUGCCAGAGGGGAGAUGGAGUCAGGGAAGAUCCCCAGCCGCACGCCGGGGUUCAUCGGCCUGGGGACCAGACUGUUGCGUCGAUUCACGGCACCAGAAUUCAUGAGGAUGGUGAUAGACUGUUCGUCAGGCUCCUCAAACGGCAGAGGGCGGAUGUCACGCUCAGAAACCUUUCCUCUCUCACACACACAUCAGCAGGUCAACAGCCAGCCGAGCGUCGACAGCAUCAGUGGAGUCAAGUGUGAGUUUGAAAGCUGCUCGUCCCAGUCCGCCCUUGAUUAGAAUAAGGACAGUGUCAAGCAACAGAAAAGAAAUUUUUACAGCACUUAAAAUUCUGAUAAUGCAGUUUGGUUGCUUGGUGAUACAUUCUAUUUAUUAAGAGAAAUAAUAAUCCUUUGCCAAUGUUGCAGUUUAUUUGUUUUUUUUUUCAAUGGUUAUUAAUAGAAAACAAGAAUUUUAAAGUGUUGUUCAGCUGCAUACAAUUUUGCUAUUCUAGAUUUGAAAUCAUUUAUAAAUUAACAUAUCAGUCU